GUGGAUGGUGUCCUUUACUUACGUUGGACACCUUCUGUCUCUUUGCCUGUCUGCCUGACAAUGGAGCCGCAGCCCGUCAGCGGUCUGGACGGAGAUUGGACGGUGUGGACCAAUCUUUCGUGGGUUUUUGGUGUUUGUUAGGUGGAAAAACAAGGCAAUAGGCACCAAGCUAAGCGAGGCAGACAUCCAUUCUGUUUCAUCGCAGAGAGAAAACGAAGUCUGUUGUGUUAUCAACACACAGCGGGGGGCGGGGAGAGACACCUGGAACCACUCAGUUUUCGUCUUUGUUUCCUUUUCUGUGAAGAUGUCCGCUUUGACUGGGAUGUUAAUGCUGCUAGUUACGUCUCUCAUCAUCACAUCUAAUGGCGCAUGGUCAACAUCCCGGAAGUGUGAUGGCAGCUUGGUGACACCCCUUCCCAUCAAAUCCUUCAGCAGCUCAUCAGAAUAUGGCAGAGGAUAUGCAGCCGCUUUUGCUAAACUCAACAGAAUACAAGGUGCUGGAGGCUGGUCACCUUUGGAUACAAAUCGUUACCAGUGGCUGCAGGUAGACUUGGGCUCUAGGAAGCAAGUAGUUUCCAUAGCAACUCAGGGGCGCUACAGAAGCUCCGAUUGGACAAGUCAGUACCAGCUGCUCUACAGUGACAUAGCCAACAACUGGAGGCCAUAUUUAAAGGAUGGAAACAUUUGGACAUUUAAGGGGAAUAAUAACAGUGACGAUGUUGUACGUGAAGAAUUACAACAUGCCAUAGUGGCCCGCUACAUCCGCUUCAUCCCACUGUACUGGAGCCAAAAGGGGCGGAUUGGAGUCCGCUUGGAACUCUAUGGCUGCUCAUAUUGGGCUGAUGUAAUCAGUUUUGAUGGCCAUAGCAUCAUCUCUUAUCGCUUCAGGAGUAAAAAGAUGAAAACUGUGAAGGAUGUUAUUUCUCUAAAGUUUAAAACCACAGCCAGAGACGGUGUGCUGCUUUAUGGGGAGGGACAGCAAGGAGACUACAUCCUGCUGCAGCUUCACAGGGCAACAAUGGAGCUGAGCAUCAACUUAGGUAGCAGUCAGUACAAUCUGAUUAAGGGUCACACCUCUGUAACCAGUGGAAGCUUAUUAGAUGAUGGUCACUGGCACUCUGUUGUCAUUGAGCGUUACCGUAGAAAUAUAAAUUUUACAUUGGACCACCGAACUCAACAGUUCAGGACUAAUGGAGAGUUUGAGCACCUGGACCUCGACUAUGAGCUUAUCUUUGGAGGACUUUCUGAAUCUGCAAGAAUGAGUUUAGGUGGCAAAGAGAACUUUGCUGGGUGCAUGGAAGGCAUCACCUACAACGGAGACAACAUCACCAGCUUGGUGCGCAGGAAGAAGGUGGACACCUCCAGCUUUCGUAACCUGACAUUCACCUGUGCUGAAUCCAGCUCUUUUCCUGUCUACUUCAACUCCACAUCCUUCCUGCGGCUGCCGGGUCAGAGGGACAGUGACACUCUCUCAGUAAGUCUGUCUUUCAGGACGUGGAACCCCAAUGGAGUGCUGAUGUUCACACAGCUGGCCGAGGGUUGGUUGGAGCUGUUACUGAUUGAAGGAAAGAUCACUGUCUACAUGAACGUGACACAGAAGAGGAGCACACGUAUUGACAUUUCAUCAGGUAUAGGUCUGAAUGAUGGCCAGUGGCACAGUGUCCAUUUAAAUGCACUGGACAACUAUGCCAUGCUGACGGUAGAUGGAGAUGAAGCAUCUACUGUUAGGACUGCUAUUCCUGGCCAGAUCAAGACAGGAGGAACCUACUACUUUGGAGGCUACUUUCCACACACUAGCAUUUGGUCACUACAGCGCUCUUUCCAGGGCUGCAUUCAGAUGAUCCACAUAGAUGACCACCUGGUGGACCUGCGGGCUGUGGAGGAGGGUCACAUUGGAACCUUCGAAAAUGUUAGCCUGGAUAUGUGUGCAAUUAUAGACAGGUGUGUUCCCAACCACUGUGAGCAUGGAGGGAAAUGCUCCCAGACGUGGGAUACAUUCAGCUGCAAUUGCAGUGGUACUGGCUACUCUGGAGCAACAUGCCAUACAUCGCUGUAUCAGCAGUCCUGUGAGGAGUAUAAGCAUCAGGGGAAGAGCUCAGGCAACUUCUGGAUUGACCCUGAUGGUAGUGGUUCUCUACCCCCCUUCAGAGUACACUGUGACAUGACAGAUACAAUGGUUUGGACGACUAUAAGGAACAACAUGUCUCCUCAGACGUCAGUCUCUGCUGCAGAUGAGGAUGGAAAAGCAGUACUUCCGAUUACUUACAAUGUCACUGAUGAACAGGUAUUGUCAGUCACCAGCAGAGCAGAAAGGUGUGAACAGUAUGUAGCUUACACCUGCCGAAUGUCUCGUCUGCUGACUGGUCCAGAUGGCACUCCGUUUACCUGGUGGCUAGGAAGAGAUAAUAAGAGACAUUUCUACUGGGGCGGGUCAGGACCUGGGAUACAGAAGUGUGCCUGCGGUAUCGAAAACAACUGUUCUGAUCCCAAACACUACUGUAACUGUGACGCUGACCUGCGAGCCUGGAUGGAAGAUGCAGGUUUGUUGGUGUAUAAAGACCAUUUGCCAGUCAAUACAGUUGUGGUCGGUGAUACAAGCAGAUCCGGAUCUGAGGCCAAGCUGACUGUUGGGCCUCUUAAAUGCCAGGGAGAUAGAAACUUCUGGAAUGCAGCUUCCUUUAACAGCCCCGCCUCUUCACUUCACUUCAAGUCCUUUCAAACUGAAUCGAGUACUGAUAUCUCAUUUUACUUUAAGACAUCUUCCAAAUAUGGAGUCUUGCUGGAGAACCUGGGAGCCAACAACCUCCUUCACAUUGAAAUCCGAGAAGGCUCAAUGGUCCUGUUAUCUUUUGAAUUUGGAAAAAAUCGGAUUGAGCUCAUUGUUCAAACACCAAAGCCUCUAAAUGAUGACCAGUGGCAUCGUGUGGAGGCUGAGAAGAACACCAAAGAAGCAGUACUACAAAUUGAUGGUCAUUACAGAGAGGUAAAAGCAACCCCCCCACUGGGACACAAAGAACUGGAGUUCUACAGUGAUAUAUAUAUCGGUGCUUUGAGUGGCCAAAGGGGCUUCCUGGGCUGUAUGAGGUCUCUGAAAAUAAAUGGGAUCUUCUUCGAUCUGGAAGAAAGGGCAAAGGUGGCUCCAGGAGUGAAGCCAGGCUGUCAGGGCCAUUGUAGCACCUACAAAAUGCACUGCAGGAACGGCGGGAAGUGUGUGGAGCAAUACAACGGAUACUCAUGUGACUGCUCUCUCAGUGCAUAUGAUGGACCCUUCUGCACUGAUGAUGUAGGAGGAUAUUUUGAGGCAGGAACCAUGGUGCGCUAUGACUUUCUGUUGGAUCAUGGCGGAUUGUUGCUGGGCGACCCAAGGAGCUUUUCAAACCUUGCCUUUUUAGGGGAAACCAACCUCACCCAGGAGGAGCUGGUCUUCAGUUUCAGCACAUACAGUGCUCCAAGCAUUCUUGUGUACAUUAGUUCAAGGACCCAGGACUACAUGGCAGUAGUGCUGCGACACAAUGGCUCUCUCCAGGUCCGGUACAGUCUUGGUGGACUUGUAGAACCUUACACCAUAGAUAUUGACCAUCGCAACAUGGCCAAUGGUCAGCCGCACUCUGUCAACAUAACAAGGAAUCUGAGGGAGAUUCGACUGCAGCUUGACCACUACACUGUGUCGACACACACCCUGCCUGAGUCUUCUGACAUACAGUUCAGCUUGGUCAAAAGUAUCUUCCUUGGAAAGGUUUAUGAAACGGGACAGAUUGACCCCAUUCUAAUAGAGCGCUACAACAGCCCAGGCUUUGUUGGAUGCUUAUCCAGAGUUCAGCUGAAUAAUGUGGCACCGCUGAAAGCUGCACUUCACUCAGGCACGACUGCUCCAGUCAGCAUCCAUGGAAUCCUGGUCCAGUCCAACUGUGGAGCCUCACCCCUAACCAUUCCCCCCAUGCCCCUUGCUAAUGACCUCUGGCAAAUAGAAGCUGGUGGUGCUGUUUUUCCCUUCAAAGAUGAAAAGAUUGGAGGUGAUCCUGCUCAUCAGAAUUUUGCUGUAAUUGCAGGUAUUAUCUCCCUGGUCAUCUUGACAGUGCUGUGCAUCAUGGUGUUCGUGAUUCGCCACAUGUUUCGUCACAAGGGCUCAUACCACACUAAUGAGGCCAAGGGAGCAGACUCAGCAAACUGUGCUGAUGCCGCCAUUAUUGUCAAUGACCCGGCCUUCACUGAAACUAUUGAUGAGAGCAAGAAGGAGUGGUUCAUCUGAAGUCUGGAUAGGCCUUGAAAACAUCACACAUGGACAUUGGUCGAUUUUUUUUUCCCAAGCUUUGGGAGUAUUUAGGAAGUGGCAACCUGUGGAACCUUAAGCAUGUAUGAGCCUUUAUUUUUUUAUAAAACUUUUCAAUAGACAUUGCAUUGUCCAUUUCUCCUAAAUGAACAAUGCAAUGAAGUAAAACCCUUCACAGGAUUGUGCCAUAAAAUCAUAGAAUGAAAUUGUCUUAGAACAUAUCAGUUUUGUUUUUUACCAUUCUGAAAUAAAUUUUCUAUUAAGUGUCAAGAUUCUUUUUAUUAGCUUUAUGUUAGCCUUAUUUAUAUAUUUAUGUAUUUUUUCUGUUUAUAUUUGAUCUCCAUAAAAUUUGACACAUUGUAUCCAUCAUUAUGCCACAAAACAUCCAUAAUUGUAGCUAAUAUUUAAAUUCUUUUUGUUUUUUUACCAUAUUUUUAAAGAUUUUUGGGCUGAGCUUUUAUUGAACCCUGGAUGUGUACGUUCUGGCUGGCCUGUAAGUACAGAUGAUGAAACACAAUAAAGCUGCAUUUUACAUGAUAGACAGCAUUGACUCUUCUAGUUGUUGGUUAUAAAAUUCAAACUGAGGCCAAUUAAUCUAAACAGGUUCUUACAUUUUAGGUAUUUUUGUAUUUUUCUUAUUUUUCCACACUACAUUUACUUUUUAAGACGUAUGAAAACCCCUGACUGGACUAUGUUUUAAGUUGGUCAGAUAGUUUUACGGAAUUAUUUUAAAAGGACUCAUAUAGCAUCAGUCUCUUGAAACCAGAUAUUUAAUAAGUUAUUGCAAAGGAAUGUUUAUUAGUUACAUGUUUAGCUCCACCUUAACUCUGGACAUUUGAUUGUAUUUGAUUGUAAUGCAUUUGUAUUUAUUUGUGUUGUUGUGCAAUAGUAUGCUGUUUGACACUGACUUGCCCUAUAUUUUUUCUUUAUGAGACACUGUAGAACCACAUAGUUUUCUUCAUGUUACAUGGAUAAAAAAAAAUCCAAAACCUACUUGUAAAUUUGGUUGACUGGUUUUCUUGUAUGUUUAACUGUGUAGAAAAAACCCCUGAGAAGGCACUGAGGAAGCCGCUGGUUUAAGAUGAAAAUGGUCCAAUUCAUUGUCCUUAUAAGGACAAUAAAGUGCUUUAUUGUCCUCUUC